CAUGCUCAGGAACGUGAUUCUAGCCGGUUUGAUCAAGGUAGCCACCAAUUUGCUCCGGGAAAUGUCAAUAUAUCAGGAAAUGAGGGCACCAAACAAGAUAGGCUGACGUUCAGUGGAAAUGGCAGGCUUCCCGGAGCUGUCUUGCUUGAAAGAGAAAGGCUUCUACAAAGAUUGAGAGGUGUCAGUUUGUCUGGAAACAGGAGCAACAAGAGUUCAUCUGAUGUCCCAAUUGGUGAUGACUUUAGGCUCGUUGAUGCUGGAGAUAGGAAAACAGAAGUUUCCAGAGACUGGCUAGCUUCAAUUUCCCUUGUAUCUGAUUCCACUAGGCAACAAAAAUGCCAGAGGCCUCCCGGGCUGGGAGGCUGACUGAAGAAGCAGUGGACUGCUUGUGCGUGGAGAUAUUCAGUGUUCCAUACAAAGGUGAUGACUGAUGAGCCGGCAAUGUCAAAGUCAUCAAUGGAGUGUAGCAUAUGCCUUGAAAGUUUCUGCGAGGGAGACGAGCUUAUAUGUCUACCCUGUGGGCAUAGGUUUCAUCUUUGCUGUUUGGAUCCCUGGAUCCGCACUUGCGGAGACUGCCCGUGCUGUCGUAGACGUGUAAAUGUAACUACAGACAAAGUCAAAGAAAGACGUAAUUUUGAGAUGUUUUAACUACGUUUGUCAUCGAUAUGUGUUUUUUAUCGACUCCAAUCUUCUUGUACAAGUGGAUGUCGAGAAAUCUAUAUAUUUUGUGGUACUUUCCAAAGCACUUAGUC